GAAUGAUCAAUAUGUCUGAUUUCUUACUUAUGAUAGAAAAAUUGUUAUCUUUUUGUCCUACCUGACCAAAAUUGAUUCUUUCUAAAGAUAAAGAAAACUGGGAGGCAAGUGCCGCAUGCCAGUGCAGUUCGAAAAGUUUAGUUUCCAACGGAAAAUCAAUCACUGCAAUUGAAAUUUGUUCGAUCAUUUCCCGUUUAAGCUGCUCAGGUUUCACUCUCUCAAACCUUUUGUUCGAUUCGUUGCCAUUUUCUGAUUCCCUUCACUGGAGCCCAAUCUAACCCCGUCCGUGUUAUUCCUCGAUCACUUUCUCCGCUUCCGUCGUUAUAUUAACAACUUUUUCUUAAAUUAUACGCAACCCAACCGUUUCAUGGAUCCUCAUGCUGAAGAUUUGCCUCGAUACAUUCAUAUAAAUCAGAAUGAUUUUUUUAUGCGAAGACAUAAGAAGCAGAAGGAGGAAGAUAUUGCUGUAUGUGAAUGCAGGUAUAAUGCUGAUGACCCUGAUAGUGCAUGUGCAGAUGGGUGCCUAAAUGUAUUAACCAGCACUGAAUGCACCCCUGGUCAUUGCAAUUGUGGUAUCUUAUGCAAAAAUCAGAAAUUUCAGAAGUGUGAAUAUGCAAAAACAAAGCUGUUUAAAACUGAAGGCCGAGGGUGGGGUCUUUUGGCUGAUGAGGAAAUUAAGGCAGGACAAUUUAUAAUUGAGUACUGUGGAGAAGUAAUAUCAUCUAAAGAAGCCAAGCGUAGAUCCCAGGCUUAUGAAAUUCAAGGUCUUAAGGAUGCAUUUAUCAUUUGUCUUAAUGCGUCUGAGUCUAUUGAUGCAACUAGAAAAGGAAGCCUUGCCAGAUUUAUAAAUCAUUCCUGUCAACCAAACUGUGAGACAAGAAAAUGGAAUGUCUUGGGAGAAAUAAGAGUUGGAAUAUUUGCAAGGGAAGACAUUCCUAUUGGAACUGAAUUGGCAUAUGACUAUAAUUUUGAAUGGUUUGGAGGGGCAAAAGUUCGCUGCCUCUGUGGUGCGCUCAAAUGUUCUGGAUUCCUGGGAGCAAAAUCUCGUGGUUUUCAAGAGGAUACUUAUCUAUGGGAAGAUGAUGAUGACAGAUACUCAGUUGAGAAAAUUCCUGUAUAUGACUCUGCGGAGGAUGAACUGACUUCAAAUGUUGAUGGACAAAGUGAACACUCCAUGGAUAUUGUACUUAAAGCUGAGGAACUAUCGGAGUCCACUGUUUUGGAUGUUCAACCACUUAAUUCAGUUCUGAUUAAGGAUUUAGGUAUCAAGAAAAUUAAAACUGAACUAGUAAGCGAGGACAUGAAGUUGUAUUCCCAAGAUACUGAACAGGACCUUCCACCAAAGAAUGCAAUGAUAUCACGCAUUCGAAGUAACACUGCAGGAAGAAACUAUCGCAUUGGACCUAGAUCCAUGUCUAAGAAAAGAUCAAAGGCAUACUCUGGGGGAAGGUUUAAAAAUCUCAUACAGAAGAAAAUUGAUGCAAAGUAUGCAGCUAGCCUUUUAGCAUCAAAGGAAGCACAAGAGGAGAUCUUAGAUUAUGAGAAAAGAAAAGAUGAUGCCACAGAGGCUCUUGAUUCUUUAUACAAUGAAAUACGGCCUGCCAUUGAAGAACACGAGAGGGAUAGCCAAGACAGUGUAUCUACGACAGUAGCAGAGAAGUGGAUACAGGCUUGCUGCCUAAAACUGAAGGCAGAGUUUGAUCUUUACUCGUCAAUUGUUAAAAAUGUUGCUUGUACCGCUCAAAGGGCACCUGGCCAAUCAAAACCUACUGAAGGAGAUAUCGAAAACAAAAUUAAGCUUUUAACAAAUUGAAAUUCCUAUCACAUUUCACCCUCAUCUAAUCUGAAUUGAUGAUUCACAAAAUACAUGGGCAACUUUGAGAAGAUUUCUUUUUCGAAAUAAGACUUAUUUAAAAAUCCAUAAUCUAUGUUUAUUAUUUUACCAUGUUCAUCUAGUAAAAAAAAGAUGCUACCUUGAAAAUAGGUGGAAAAAAUAUUACCUAGAGAAACUUCUCAUAAGAACUUAUGCUUUAUGAAGAAUUUUGUUACCAAUUUUAACCGAGUAAUUGGUCUGGUUCCAAGACCUUUAUGUAAGAAAACUAUAUACACAAUAAAUACACACUUGGUCUGAUCCUCUGGCUAAAAAAA